GUCGUGGGAACCUCUGCCCAGUGUGUGCUUUCCAGAAUAUCCCGGCUUCUGAAGCAUUACCCAGUUAAACUGGAACUGAAACAGGACAAGGCCAGCCUCUCCUGUUCCUGAGAAGUGUUCGCCUGCUGACUCUGCCUUCUCGGGAAAGAUGGGAAAGGGCUACAAGGUGGUGGUUUGCGGAAUGGCCUCAGUGGGAAAGACUGCGAUUUUGGAGCAGCUUCUCUAUGGAAAGCAUACUGUCGGCUUGGAAGAGGGUGCCACAAUGGAAGAUGUGUAUUUGGCAUCAGUGGAGACCGACCGAGGGGUGAAAGAACAGUUACGGCUUUAUGACACCAGGGGUCUGCAGGAGGGCGUAGAAUUGCCAAAACACUAUUUCUCUGUUGCUGAUGGCUUUGUCCUUGUGUACGCAGUGACCAGCCUCGAAACUUUCCAAAGAGUCGAACUGCUCAAAAAGGAGAUUGAUGUCUUUAGAGACAAAAAGGAGGUAACAGUUGUUGUCUUGGGAAACAAAACUGACCUCCUGGAACAAAGACAAGUGGAAACUGAAGCGGCACAACAGUGGGCAAGGGCUGAGAAAGUGAGACUGUGGGAAGUAACUGUGACUGAUCGCAAGACACUGCUUGAGCCCUUUACCUUCUUAGCUAGCAAACUCUCCCAGUCCCAGAACAAAUCAACAUUCCCCUUGCCUGGAAGGAAGAGCAAAGGGAAUAACUGUGAUAACUAAGCUACCUUAGCAUUGUCUGCUGCUGCGAGGUCAGAGCUCAAGUCCUUUCUGUGCCAUUUGCUUCUCAGUUUCACUUAAAGCAAUAAUCUCAUUCAGCAAUAAAUUCAGCAAGCUUAUGUCUAAGAGAUAUCCUUCCUUCUCAUGGACUUGGCUUGAAAAAGUGACUGCUGGUAAAAGCCUUGAAUAGCACUUCAUGAGAGGAGUUAUCUUGCAACAAGAGUUAUGGAAGUGGGAGAGACAGGUGGAUACCUCUGUAGCAGAGUCUUUGAGUAUGCCUGGAUACAGCCAUGUUGAGGGACAAAUCAACAAGUUUAUCGUUAAGCAAUCCCCCUGUAGAUCUAUAGCCUCCAGGCACAAAUAGUACUUAUGGCAAUAAAACAUUCAAUUCUGUCGUUUUACCUUGACCUUAAACAGAGCCACAGGGGUUUUUGAUGCUGCAGGAAGCUGAGGUCAGCGUGUUGUAGCAGAAGAGUUUGGGGCAGGAGGAACAACUACCAGCAGAUUUACCCAAUGAAGUUCUGCUAGUGUCUGGAAGGAAAGAGAAGCCAAAUUUUAUGGGAGAUACCAGAACAGAUCUACCCGGACGUGAAGCUUGUCAGCAAACUCUGGCAAGUAGUGCUUUCUGCUCAGGAAUUUAUUUGUACAAACCAGAAAAGCUCUCAGAGCACUCAUUAAUUUAACUGCAACCUGAAGGACAACAUAGCUGUAUGUGGUUUUGUUCCAGUAUGUCCAGUACAAAUCAGUCACAUUCAUAUAGCUGCUAAUUUUACUGAGAAAUUAUAUGGAAGAAUUUUGUACGCAGGAGGUACUGCCCAGGCUCUGCUUAGCGCAUUGCAUAAUAUUCUUCCCAGCUGUACAGCUAUGCUGCAGAAAUCCACCCUCGGUAUGAAGCUACCAGGCAGAUAGCAGCCAGUACAAAGUGUUGUACUACUUUGUGAGAGGGUGCUAAGGAGUGUAGGAAGCUGCCUUUUGGGAACAUGCCCAUGGCAAAUGCCCAGAAAUACCUGUACAAAUGGUCUUGGUCUUAAUAGACCUCAGACUGUCCAACAGCAGGAGCACAACUGUAUAUGCUGUAUUUGACUAUCUAUGCUGGUAAACCCACGCUGCAAGAAUCUGCUGUCCUAGGUCAGUCUGUCAGUAAACUAAACAAAACUGGAUACAGAGCAACAGAAUGAGCAACCAUUCCCAGAGAGAGUGGCCAGUUCUGGCCUUUUACAACCUUUUAUACUGACUGUUAUUAGCUCUUCUUUGUAUUUGAAGACAAGAGCGGGGAGUGAACUGAAGUACCCAUUUCCCUCAUUUUCCACUAAACUAAUGUUGUUUUGAACAAAUAUUGAGAAUUUCACUGUGAGUCAGCAAAACCACGGGUGAUAUUUGCACUGUCAUACCAUAACUGCUAAGUAGUAAGUGUGUUUAAUGAUCAUGAUUAAGCUGUGUGCUUAUAGUAUUACUCUUCCUGAAUACUGACAAAUAAAGUCCGUCAGCAUUACUAAUGUUGGAGCAGCUGUACCAUUCACUAAAAAUUAAGCCGGUAUUCCUACCUUUA